GUUACCUGAAACCUGAAUGGCUGUAUGUGAAACGCACGAAAUCUGUACUUGGUUGUGUCGGCUAGCGAAUGAUAGGAAUUAACCGGGCACGUUUGAAAUGUAAAUACAAGUAUUAGCUAAGAUUUCCAGUAAUUAAAUGCAUGCACCUCAAAAGUAAUACAGUAUAUUUUUAUAUCGUGGUAGUAGAGCACAGUAUAGUUUUCUGUAAGUUUUUGGAGGUGUCCUGGUUUGUGCAUAGGACCCAGUAGCGUUUCUUCCAGAGUGACUCUCUCAUUCUGGUUUGUGCAUUGGACUCAGUUUGCAUUUGCUGGCGAUGGACGCGUGUGGUUUCGCCUCUUUCAUGCUGCUCUUCUCCUGCCUGGUGUCCGGCAAACCCACGCUAAGGAAGGAGCGCGUCCACCACGAAGCCGAGCUCAGCAGACAGCUGCAUGAGGACAACCAGAGCUACCAGUACGACCAUGAGGCCUUUCUGGGCAAGGAGGAGGCCACUACUUUCGACCAGCUGACACCAGAGGAAAGCAAGGAGAGGCUUGGGAAAAUAGUGGACAAGAUAGACAGCGAUAAUGACAGAUAUGUUACAACCAGUGAGCUGAAGACCUGGAUCAAAAGGGUGCAGAAGCGCUACGUCUACGAGAACGUGGCAAAGGUCUGGUCAGACUACGAUCUCAACAAAGACAACCAGAUUUCCUGGGAGGAGUACAAGCAGGCUACAUACGGCUAUUAUCUUGCCAACCCAGAGGAGUUUGAUGAUGCCACUGAUCAGUUCAGCUUCAAGAAGAUGCUGCCCCGUGACCAGAGGCGUUUCAAAGCGGCCGACCAUGACGGUGACAUGAACGCCAGUCGUGAGGAGUUCACAGCCUUCUUGCACCCAGAGGAGUUUGAGCACAUGAAGGACAUUGUGGUCCUGGAAACACUCGAGGACAUAGACAAGAACGGGGAUGGCUACGUGGAUGAAGAUGAGUACAUCGCUGAUAUGUUUGCUCACGAAGAAGGUGGACCAGAACCAGACUGGGUAAAGACGGAGCGAGACCAGUUUUCAGACUUCAGGGACAUCAACAAGGAUGGGAAGAUGGACAGAGAGGAGAUCCGGCACUGGAUCCUGCCCCAGGAUUACGAUCACGCCCUGGCUGAGGCACGGCAUCUGGUUUAUGAGUCGGAUCAGGACAAGGAUCAAAUGCUGACCAAAGAGGAGAUCCUGGAGAACUGGAACAUGUUUGUAGGCAGCCAGGCUACCAACUAUGGGGAGGAUCUUACUAAGAACCACGACGAACUGUGAUGUUUGCGGUGGCGCCCCCUGCUGCUAGCUGCUCCACACUACAGGCAGAAGAAAUGACACCGGUGCUGAUUUUGGGCAGCCCGUGCAGCCAUGAGCUUGCUGCAGUGCUACCUCAUGCGUCAAAGGGUCUAUGUGGCCCAUCGGCGCCUCCUGUAGGUCACAGCGACCUUUUCCUAUCUGUGAGAUUGACUAACGUCUCCAAGGACUAACCAGCAAUCAUUUUACAUGUUCCAGGUUGACACCCUCAGGAUUUCUGGGGUGUUGCAAAGGAUAUUUGUAGAUAUUUCAUAUUUGUUACAUAUUUUUAUAUUUUAAUUCUGAAAGGUUAUGUGAAAUAUCUCUGGUAGGAAUGCAGAGGGGUCUUUUGAUAUUUGUGCCAUGCUGCCAGUAAACACUAAUUUAUUUAGUGCUUUAAUCUUGAGGUUACAUAUGAGUUGAUGAUCUAAAGUCAUUACUGAUGUGCAGUAUUUUACAAAUGUUUGUUUUUCACACUGCCAUGUAUUUUCUUCCACAGUUAAGUAUUAUUAAUGAUAACAUUGAAACUCUCCCAGAGUUAAAAUCUAAGUGUAACAUUGGGUCCCCAGCAUGCAGUUGCAUUGGUUUCAUUUUAUCACAGAAAAAAGUCUUACUUCGUUCUCUACUCUUUGCUAUUUUUCAUGUUUGGUGCUGAAGCAGAGUGCUUUGUUUCCUGGGAGCUGCGUGUGGCGGCUGGCUCUCUGAGGAUGAGUGUCCUGGGAAGCCCCCCCCCCCCCCUCCGCAUUACCCCGCAAUACCUUUCAUGUUAACGUCUGUUUUUCUCUGUACAGCGCUCACAGAAAGUCUUGGGAUGCUUGCUUAAUUCAGUAAGACCAUUGCAAAUUUACUGGUUUUAUAACAAUUUUUUCCCCAUUUCUUAUAAAAAUAUAUAUCACUUUAGGAACAACAGUAGUUAUAAGUAAAACAUUCAUUUCAAAUAAUAAAUUGAAGCCCAAAUUAGAGUUGUAAAAGAGCUGUUCUGAGUUAAAAAGUUAAUUGACAAGCAGUCUCAUUGAUUGCUUUUUUAAUUAGUAACACCUUCGCAAUAACAUAGAACACCAAACAUUUGUGUUUAGUAUCUCUUUGGGAGCCAGUGACUACAAUUGCUAUUAAUAGCAAAAUGGCAAGAACAGAAUUAUAUGACUCCGUCAAAACAACUGAUGCUUAAUGAAAAGAAAAUGUUUGUGCAGAAGAUAUGUGCAGAUCUGUUAAUCAUUGCUUGUCAAUGGAUUGUUGUUAUGAAACCAAUAAAUCUUAACAUAAUUAA